GGCUCACCCCUAUAACAUUUUUAUUAUUGAAGAUAGAACAACGAAAUUUAGAGGUUGCGUAUUAUAGAUGAAUUUACAUUUUUUGACAUAUUCCCUUGCUUUAACGUACUUCCGGUUUGACUCCAGCUGUCGAUUUUUAAAUGGGACACCCUAUAUAUACUUAUUUAUUUCGAUCUAGAAUAGCAUUCUGAACUGAAAAAUGCCUCAGUUGUCAAUAUUUAGCAAAUAAAGUCAUUUUUAUUUCAAUUUUUAUACUUUAUAUAGAAUGCCAUGGAUCUUGUAAAUCGCUACAUUUUUGAUCAAGUAACACGGGAAAAAUACGAUUCUGAGGCGAACGACCUUACAGUCAUUUUGAAGAUUUUCUAAAUAUUUUAAACAUUGAUUUUUUCAGUUUUCUGGAUUUUUUCAAAUGGUCAGAAGGUGGAUCGUCGGCUUUUUCUAAGAGUCCAUUUUCUUACGAAUAGUUUGACACUACUACUCUUAUUUCAUUUUGCCGAAUUGUUUUGAGAAACGAUCAUAUAGCUAACAACAAUAACAUAUCUGCAUUCGAUAUACCUAUGCACUAAGUCCUAUUAUUCUAUCAGGUAACCAAAUAAGUUCGUGCUGUUUUUAGUAGAAAAAUAUAAAUUUUUAUUGAGAUACAAUAAGACACUAUUUAUUGGUCGAAGUGAUUACCAUCACAUUCAACGACCUUUUGCCAACGUGGAACCAAUUUUUGUAUGGCGGUAUUGUAGAACUUCCUGGAUUUGGAGUAAAAAAAAAUUGGCGGACUGCAUUUAAAACACCAUCUCGAGUUGUGAACUGUCGGUACCUCAUUCCGUUGUCAAGAGACAAAAAAAGGUGAUAAUCACUGGACGAAAUAUCGGGAGAAUAUGGCGGGUGCGGUAACGUUUCUCAGCCGGGUUCAGAAAUUUUUUCUCGGGUCACUUUUGCGGUAUGAAGCUUGGCGUUAUUCUGCAAGAAUAUCACUUCCUUCGUAUUGAUCAAAGAAGGCUGUUUCUGGAUGAGUGCUGCUUGUACUCGUUGAAACUGCUCACAAUACAAGUUAGCAGCGAUGGUUUGACCCCUUUCCAAAUACUCAUAAUGGACAAUUCCAAUUGCUGUCCACCAAACACACAACAAAACCUUGUUUGGGUGCAAGGAAGCCUUGGGCGUGUUUGGUACCGAAUCAGUAGGCGAGAACCAAUGACUGGAACGCUUAGAAUUCGAAUACAAGAUCCAUUUUUAAUCGCACGUUAAUAACCCAUUAAGAAAUGGUUCAUUAGCGUUGCGUGAAACGUUUGCUGAACAGAUGGUAAGACGACUUACUAAUGAAAAUGCAAACGAAUAAUUUCAGGACUCACUCUGAACAUUUCUGCAAGCUCUUGGUACGUUGUCCUGGAGUUUGCGUCCAUAACCUGGCGAAGAUCCUCGUUGUUCAUGAUUUUUGGUCUCCCUGCGCGCG